CAGGCCUGUGCUGUGUUGGUUCAGCCCUGCAUUUGCCCCCAGCCCCCUGCUGCCAUGUCCCAGCCCCAUGCUCACUCCACAGUCUCUUUCAGCGGGAGGUGGAGAUCCUGAUGUUCCUCAGUGCCAUUGUGAUGAUGAAGAACCGCAGAUCCAUCACCAUCGAGCAGCACAUAGGGAACAUCUUCAUGUUCAGCAAAGUGGCCAAUGCAAUCCUCUUCUUCCGGCUGGACAUCCGCAUGGGGCUGCUGUACCUCACACUGUGCAUAGUGUUCCUGAUGACCUGCAAGCCCCCCCUCUACAUGGGCCCUGAGUACAUCAAGUAUUUCAGCGACAAAACCAUUGAUGAGGAGCUGGAGCGGGACAAGCGGGUGACAUGGGUUGUGGAGUUCUUUGCUAACUGGUCUAGUGAGUGCCAGUCGUUUGCACCCAUCUUUGCUGACCUCUCUCUCAAGUACAACUGCACAGGGCUGCACUUCGGGAAGGUGGAUGUGGGCCGCUACACAGAUGUGAGCACCAGGUAUAAAGUGAGCACCUCACCCCUCACCAAGCAGCUGCCCACCCUGAUCCUCUUCCAGGCUGGGAAGGAAGUAAUGCGUCGGCCACAGAUUGAUAAGAAAGGCCGGGCUGUCUCCUGGACCUUCUCUGAGGAGAAUGUGAUCCGGGAGUUCAACCUCAAUGAGUUGUACCAAAAGGCCAAGAAGCUGUCUAAGCAGCCACGAGAUGACGUGCCUGAGGAGGCUGCAGAGCAGCCAGAGCUCCUGGCUGCUGGCGUGGAGCUCUCUAAUGGUGAAAACAAGAAGGACAAGUAGAGCCUUUCCUACCCUUCCCAGAUAACCCCCUCCUUUCCCCUUUGUUUGUGCUGCAGCAGUGCCCAGCAAGGCCCAGCUGUGGGCUGGUGCCCCAGCAUAACUAGUGGAAGCUGUGUGAAGAUGGGUCAUGCCACCCCACCACCCUCACCCCCCUACACAUGCACCCUGUGACAUGUGGGACUAGUCACAUUUCUGCAUCUCUACUCUUUCCUUUCCUGGGACAGGGUGCCCCCAUGGGAAUGGCAGAAAGGGAAGGAGGGUCACUGAGCCCCAGGAACUGGUGAGGGCUAGUAGCCAGCUUCAAGGGGUGAGAAAUGAUGGCUCUGCUAGGGGUGAGCACUGCCCAUGCUUAAUCAAGCCAUGUCAUUAUGGUCCAGAAGGGAGAUUCUACCUUGACAUCUAAAGCAAUUUGGCUUGGGGGUAAAGGGCUGAUUUCCCCCUAUACUCCCAUGCUCCAGAUUGGACUGAAUGAGCUGGGUAGGGAAUCUGGGAAUGGAGCAGGGGCUGGGUUUGAGCUGGUAUGGAUUGAGGGAAGAAGAUGCCUUUCUGGUCUACCCUGUGUUUAGUCCAGUAUGCCCUGGCCAAAGAUCUGCGCUCUCAAUUUGGAUCAUGGUUGUGGGGUAAAGAUUGUUUCAGAUGUACACUGGUUACUGUGGCUUAGUAGGUCUCAGCCUCUCCUCUCUCCCCCCCCCCCCCCGGCAGGGUUUUGUGCUAGGGGGUUGGCCUGUUACCUAGAGGGAGUCCUAUCAGAGUAUAUUCUCCCCCUUCCCCCCUCUUCCUCUUCUACUCCAUAGGCUCUUGGUUUCAUGUGGCACUGCUUGGGAGAGCUGUCUAUGUUGCUUAUUGGGGAAAGCAAGGCUCUGGGCAUUGUAGUGGGGCAGAGCAGUACAUAGGUGACCAGCUUGCUCAUCCAAGCCAAGGAAUGAUGGGAACUGGGCUUUGCUGCUCUGGAAGACUCCUGAGGGAGGAUUGCCUGCCUCCUGACCCAGGGGUUUCUGCCCCUCUUCCCUUCCUCUGGAAGAGGAGGGCAGAGCUCACCACUGUUUCCCUGCUCUUGUCCCUGUGUCUAGCAGUUUUUGGUUUAAAUACUUCAAGUCCCCAUGGCUCAGUUCCUUGGACACAGGAGCUGGCCACAGGGGCAGUUGUGAGGGUGCCUGGAGCAGCCAGUGGCUUAGCAGGAUGCUGCCUGAGGGGCUCUGUCUUCAGGAGAGCAGGUGGCGCAGCCCCUGAGUUGUGCGUGGCAGCAGAGCCCUCCUCACCCAAGCCAGCAGCUGGGAGGGGAGGAGUAGGGGAUGCAGGACAAAUGCUCCUUAUGCUUCUAGAAAUCAUCAUCUCGUCCAUCGGCAGUUACUCUGUAAUAAACCUGACAACAACCA